GGAUCAAAUAAAAGCAAGAUCAGAGAUUUGUAGGGCUUCUUAGAUACGGUAUAACUUACUUUAUCCACUUCAGGAGGUGCGUUAUUACAUAACCGAAUGUUUUCACUUUGGGCUUCUUCCCCAUUCUCUACCAGUCAGUUCUUCUAAUAUGUUCCUAAGUGAGUGGUGUAAUUCAAACAACAGAUUAUCUCUUUUCUUCACAAUUUGUUGCAUUAUUGACCUAUUUGGUGUAUUUCCGGUUAUCGCUUUACCAAGAGCAAUAAUAGAAUGUGGUUGGUUAGGAAUGCCACUAGCUUUCUUUGUAUUUUUUAUUCAGAUUUACACAGCAAUAAUGUUAGGACGAUGUUGGAUUAUUGCUGAGAAUUUGCAAUUUGGCAUUUUAGAAAAGAAUAGAUAUCCAUAUUCAGCCGUGGUCGAACUGGCAUAUGGAAAGAUGUGUAGCAAAUAUGUAAAUUUAAUUUUACGCCUAGCAGUAUUUGGUGGCAGCAUUCCUAAUCUCAUUGUUGCUGCCCAAAAUUUUCAUUUAAUAGGAUUAAAAGUCUCAUCAUAUCAAUUGGAUUUUUCUUAUUGCUAUUGGAUUAUCAUUCUUGGAGUAAUUCUAUGCCCGUUUAUGUGGCUUGGGAGUCCGAAGGAUUUGAAAUGGUUGGCUGCGAUUUCAGUCGGUUUUGUUUUAUUAUCCUCUUUUCUAACUUGGUUUUGCCUAUUAAAUGGAAAAACUCCAAGUAAUCCAUUCAUUCCAAAUCCAACAUGGGAAUCUGCAGCUAUCGCGUAUGGUAUACUUUCCUUCCAGUUUGAUAUUCACCCAACAAUUUUGACAAUACAAGUAGAUAUGAAAAACCGAAAUCAACUUGGAAAAGCUAUUAUCAUAGCAUUUAUUGCUAGUGGAUCUCUUUUUCUAAUAACAACAAUAAUCUGCUAUGUUUGCUAUGGAAAUGCUGUCCGUUACAACACACUGCAAGGCUUGGAGCCCUCAGAAUCACUUUAUGCAAAUUUCAUUGUUGUAACCGUUCAAAUUAGCUUGUCAAUGGUUGUUGGUGUUACACCACUUUUCCAAGAUCUUGAAGAAAAAGCUAACAUACCAGUAGGUUUUGGAUGGAGGAGAUGUUUUUUAAGGUCAGGUGUGGUCCUGGGGGCAGUGUUUCUCGCAGAGAUCGUCCCGAGGUUCGACCUGAUCAUGGGCUUGAUAGGAGGUGCAUUGAUGGGCCAGCUCAUGUUUGUGUUUCCACCCUUGCUCUAUGCCAGACUUCGUUCACUCCAGGCCCAGUUCAAAGCACGUCUUCUUCCCCGAUAUUUUCCGAUCGGAUACGGAUCCAUCAGAGAAAUAGCCACAGAUCGAGCAUGGAUUGUCGGCAACCAUGCAAGGGUCGACCUGUCAAUGGAGGAUCACCUGGACAAGCCGCAUCUCUUCCAGAGAAGGACAGAACAAGACAGGAAUUCUAUCCUGCCAUUUGUGGACCUGCAGGGUGAACAGGUUUCCAUCGUUGAGAAAAUAUCUAACGUUCUGCUGAUUAUUUUUGGAGUAUUGGCAACACUACUGUCUACCUACUAUACACUGAAAGGGACAAUUGAGUACGCUGACUUCACCCCUUCAUGCAUCACCAAUGUAACACUUGCUUCACAAUUGAUCUACAAAUUCGCCUGAAAAUUUCAACUAGACAAAAAGUCAAUGGAAAAAGCUCCUUACAAUUGAACCUUUUGUGACUCACUGCUGAUGUUUAUUAUACAGUAAGUGGUCAGCCUUAUUGAUUGAACUUUUUGCAACAAAGUGAUUUUUAUAUUUUUACUUCUAAAACUUCUACUCAAAAGAUCAGAAAGUGAUCAAUUAUUUAAUGUUUACAUAAUAAAAAUGAAUUUCAUAAAGCUCGUUUUCUGUGUUGUCAAUACUGCCUAACAAAACAAAAAAAAUACAUGGAAAGAUAAGCUGAAUUAGAACAUCUCGGAAAAAUGAUAGCAAUCUGGGUGAUAGACACAUGGAGCUCUAGGGCAACAAAUAUGCGACCAAAGCAGCAAAACCCACCAUUCAGAUUACUAUUGCAUUUCAACCCACUAACACUAAACCAUGGAUAGAAUAUGGUAAAGAAAAAAGUAAAAAGUUCUUUGAUGUUAAGAGUUUCAAACCUAGGCACACUCACAUACAUUCUUUCCUAUUUUCAUACCAAUCACUCAAGUAGGGUUAGGUGGGGUACUUGGCCCUCACGCACUGCACAUUCACUCUAAUAAAUGCAUUCACUCCCAAUGUACCAAAAACAUAAACACAAAACGAGAUACCUAUCAUAUGCUAUGUACAACAAAACAGCUCUGUUUCUCUAAAAAACAUGGGACCCAAAGACUCGCUGCAGUGCUUGUGAACAAUUAUAAUAUUGGGUGACAGUCCUACUCACUCUCUAUAUUAUCCCAAGGAAUAUCCCUUUAAUUAAGAUUCAAUUCAGUCCAACUUUCUAUAUAUAAAUGGCUAUUGAAAGUAAAAGUGUCAACCUAGUAUUCUUAGUCGGGUUAUUAUGAUUCCUCUUAUUUGAUUUAGAUACUCUGAUGGCCACCAGUUGACUGUACUCUUGAUAGGUGAGAGCUACUCUGUUGAUCUGGUACAACAAUUUUUCUAUUUCUUUGUAAUCAUGUGUUUUUAAUUACAUUUAUAGGGUCAGAUGGCCAUGUUCAUUAGUCUUGGAGAUUUUUGAAAAAGUUAAU